AUGCCUAUCGCCCUUGUGCGCUACGCAGCAAGAGAACCACUCUUUACAGGAGCUCUGCUAGCUGCUCUGACCAGAGCACCUAUUCAAUAUCGAUCACGCCUCCUCAAGCUUCUGGGCGAUGCUGGACUGUCGUCCGAACGCAUUGCCCUGUUGGUCAAGUCGCUGAAGUACCUACUCGCUAUUGGCGUGGCGACAAGGCUCAACCAAGCACUCAACAAGCUGGCUCUCAAUCACUGGAACUUCUUUGGAAAGCCAGGCGCGCCUUUCAAUUGGAGUGCCGUGAACAAGCCCGAGCUGGUGGUUAUCACUGGCGGAUGUUCUGGCUUUGGAUAUGAAAUGGUCAAAGGCUUCUCAAAGCAUGCCCGGGUCGUCAUUCUGGACAUCUCUCCCCCACCAGAAGAGCUGAAGAAAAUCCACGGUGUACACUACUACCGGGUCGACGUGACGGAUUUUAUUGCCAUUGAGUCAACGGCCGAUACAAUCCGCAGAGAGCAUGGUAAUCCGACCGUGUUGAUCAACAACGCCGGUAUAGCCACCGCCACCAGGAUCAUCAACACCAAAGGAGAAUUGAAUGAUAGGAUAUUCAAAGUCAACCUUGCUUCUCACUUCAUUUUGAUCAAGGAGUUCCUCCCCGCUAUGCUGGAAGCGCGCAAGGGCCACAUUGUCACCAUCGCAUCCAUGGCCAGCUUCAUGGCCGCGCCAGGCAUGGUUGACUAUUGCUGCACAAAGAUUGGAGCAUUGUAUCUGACCGAAGGCAUGCUUUCCUGCCCCCCAGGACUCCGAAAUGAACUUCGCGUGUAUCACGGUGCCGCUGGCAGGUGCAUUCAGACAACGUCCGUCCACCCCUCCUGGCACGCAACCGGUAUCGUCAAGCCCUUCGAAGACAAGCUGGAGAAGUUCGGCAUCAAAUGCGACCCGGCAUCGAACGUGAGCGACGCCGUCGUCGAGCAGGUCCUCGCCGGCAGGAGUGGCCGGGUCUUCGUGCCAAGGACGGAAGAGCGCAACGCGGGAGUAAGGAAUUUCCCGCUUUGGCUGCAGGACGCGCUUCUCUGGUUGAGUCAGAAGCGAUUUCAAAUUUGA